AUGGGGUUGAUUCCCUUCCAGUUCAAAAACCCGCCGAAAUAUGUACUCGCAUGCAUUCUAUGCUCGGCAAAUGGAAUCCUCUUCGGAAUGGAUACGGGUAUUAUCGGCCCCGUCACUGAUAUGAAAGACUUCAAGACCUCAUUUGGUAGUCAAAACUCCACAAUCCACGGUCUCAUCGUCUCCUGCAUCUUGAUUCCGGCAGCACUCUCAUCUUUCUUCGCUGGCUAUGUUGCCGAUCGGCUUGGUCGGCCGAAGGGCAUCUGCAUUGGCGUUUUUAUCUUCGGCGCGGGCGCCGCAAUAGAAGCAGGAGCUGUGGCUCUAUCGAUGUUCAUUGUUGGUCGGAUUAUUGAAGGCCUCGGAGAAGGGCUUUUCCUUGGAAAUCUCGUCGUCCUGAUUUGUGAAACCUCGCCAACAAACACUAGAGGCGCUCUGACAACUGGACCUCAACUGGCUACUACUCUUGGUUUGGUCAUGGGGUACUUUAUCAGUUAUGGUACCUCCGGCCUUCACUCGUCGCUCUCAUGGCGAAUGCCGUUUAUUCUUCUUUCUGCCUUCUCCAUGAUCCUGUGUGGACUUUCACUUCUUUAUUUACCUGAGUCGCCUCAGUGGCUAGGGCUUAAUGGUCGCUAUGAAAUGGCUGAAGAAGCGUGGGACAAAUUGGGUGUUAGUCGCGCAGAGCGAGAAAAGGUUGUGCUGCAAGUGCAGGCACAGGAAGUUGACUCUGAUGAGGAGGUCAAAGAGGGAACGAUGGAUAAGCUUCUUGCUAUUUUCUCCAAAGAUGUGUUGGGCCGGACCAUCCUUGCAGUCUUUUUGAUGGGCAUGCAGCAGAUGAGUGGCAUUGAUGGCGUCCUUUAUUAUGCUCCACAGUUGUUUCAAAAAGCGGGUCUUGCCUCGUCAGAAGCAAGCUUUCUGGCAUCUGGCGUGUCAGCGCUUGUGAUUUUCGCUGUCACCAUUCCAGGCCUGAUUUAUGCCGAUAAAUGGGGCCGCCGAGCUAGCAUUAUCUAUGGCGGGCUCGUAAUGGGAGUCCUGAUGUUUUUGAUGGGCAGUCUAUAUGCUGGAAAUGCUGUCCAUAAGGCUACUGGCGCUGGUCGCUGGGUCGUCAUUGUCUGCAUUUACCUAUUUUCUGCUCUUUACUCUGUCACCUGGGGUAUCUCCGUCAAAGUCUAUGCCGCCGAGAUUCAGCCACAGCGGACAAGAGCGUCGGCUACCACAUUGGCUCAUUCAAGCAACUGGGUGUGCAACUUCUUGGUGGCUUUGACAACGCCUGUUCUCCUUGCGAAGAGUAGCUUCGGCGCAUACUUUUUGUUCGGUGGAUGUUGUGUUAUCACUGUGGUUGUUGGCGUCAUCUUCAUGCAUGAAACGAAAGGUCGGACAUUUGGGGAGAUUGACGAUGCCUUCAAGGGGAAGUCACCAGGAUCAAAGAGCAAGUUUCGCCGGGGCCAUGGCUCCCCACUCCUCCGCCUCGGAGGUCUCCAAUCGCACCACAUCAACCGACUCUCCAUACAGCGACUGCAACCAGUCUCUCGCUCUUUGCACAACCUUCCAUCCUCUAGCAAAGCACGAUCUAGCCCAAUUCCAGUCUACUCGUCAUUUUCUGUUCAAUCACUACACCCCAAACCGACAGUCCGAACCUACACCGACCGAAAAGGAUCCACCGGCAAAGCCGAAGCCGAUCUCCUAGUUGAGGAACUACAAGAGCUGUACGAAGUCGCCAAAGACGAGUUUGAAAUUGCCACAGAGAGCACAGACUCAUCUACCAUCUACGCUGCUUCGGACCGAGAGUCUGCCCGCGAUGCCCUCAACCAGCUGUCUACUGUUUACGCGCUCUACACUGCUCGUCCUGGGGAAGUUGAGAAUGAGACGGAUGAGUCGUUGGAGGCGGUAGAGGAGGCCGGGGAGAGUGCUAUUGUCGAGACGCAGUAUAAUCCGGCGGAGGUGCCACAGGGUGUUAAGGAUGAGGUGCGUCGGCGGGUUGGACAUCGGAUUCGGGAGUUGAAGAAUGCUGUUGAGGCACUCGAGCAGAGGGCUACGGAGGAUUAA